UGGGCAGGCGCACUGGUCUGUAACGGAUUGGCUUGGCCUUACCCACGAGGCUUUGUGGUGGCUGUUGGCUUGGCGGUGGUCGCUUGGCUUGGCGUGGCGGUGGUCGCUUGGCUUGGCAUUUCUGGCUUGGCGGUCCUCCUUUCGCAGAUUGGAAACCGCGGGCUAUCCUGCUGGGAGGUUGUGGCCGAGGCAGUAGCUCGCUACUGAUGGCCUCCUGGGGUGGAGAAAAGCGGGGAGGGACUGAGGGGUCUCCGAAGCCGGCAGUCUACGCCACGAGGAAGACCCGUAGCGUCAGAAGCCAGGAGGACCAGUGGUACUUGGGCUACCCGGGGGACCAGUGGUCCUCGGGCUUCUCCUACAGCUGGUGGAAAAACAGCGUCGGCAGCGAGAGCAAGCACGGUGAGGGCGCCUUAGACCAGCCCCAGCACGACGUUCACCUGGAAGAUCUUGGCGAGCUCCACAGAGCUGCCCGGUCGGGCGACGUCCCUGGGGUGGAGCACGUCUUGGCUCCUGGAGACACUGGCGUGGACAAGAGGGAUAGGAAGAAGAGCAUUCAGCAACUAGUUCCUGAAUAUAAGGAAAAACAGACACCUGAAAGUCUUCCUCAAAAUAACAAUCCAGAUUGGCAUCCUACUAAUUUGACCCUUAGUGAUGAGACUUGUCAGAGAUCCAAGAAUCUGAAAGUUGAUGAUAAAUGUCCAUCUGUAUCACCAUCAAUGCCUGAAAAUCAGUCAGCAACCAAAGAACUGGGACAGAUGAACUUAACAGAACGAGAAAAGAUGGACCCUGGAGUUGUACUUCUCUCAGGGAAUGAUACUCUCCAUGACCUGUGCCAAUCACAGCUACCAGAAAACAAAGAGAGCAAAGAAGCAGAACAAGACUCGGAGCUGACAUCAGAGGAAGAGCAAGAAAGACUUAAAGGGUGCGAAAAUAAGCAGCCACAGAAAACGUCUCAAGAACCAGAAAUGGCUAAGGAUUGUGAUAGAGAGGAUAUACCUAUAUAUCCAGUACUUCCUCAUGUGCAAAAAUCUGAGGAAAUGUGGAUUGAACAAGGCAAAUUAGAGUGGAAAAACCAAUUAAAACUCAUCAUAAAUGAGUUAAAGCAGAGGUUUGGUGAAAUUUAUGAAAAAUACAAAAUUCCUGCUUGUCCUGAGGAAGAGCCACUACUUGAUAACUCUACAAGAGGAACAGAUGUGAAGGAUAUUCCCUUUAAUUUGACAAAUAACAUACCUGGUUGUGAGGAAGAAGAUGCAUCUGAAAUAUCUGUCUCAGUGGUAUUCGAGACAUUUCCUGAACAAAAAGAACCCAGUCUCAAAAAUAUCAUCCAUCCAUGCUAUCAUCCAUACCCUGGGUCCCAGGAACAUGUUUGCCAGUCAUCUUCUAAGCUUCAUUUACAUGAAAAUAAAUUAGACUGCAAUGAUAACAAACCAGGCAUUGGACAUAUUUUUAGUACAGAUAAGAACUUUCAUAAUGAUGCAAGCACUAAGAAAGCAAGGAACCCAGAAGUGGUUACGGUUGAAAUGAAAGAAGACCAAGAGUUUGAUUUGCAAAUGACAAAAAAUAUGAACCAAAAUAGUGACCGUGGCAGUACAAAUAACUAUAAAAGCCUGAAACCUAAAUUGGAAAAUCUGAGUUCUUUACCACCAGAUUCUGACAGAACAUCAGAAGUAUAUCUACAUGAAGAAUUACAGCAAGACAUGCAAAAGUUUAAGAAUGAGGUCAACACAUUGGAAGAAGAGUUCCUGGCUUUGAAGAAAGAAAAUGUUCAACUUCAUAAAGAGGUUGAAGAAGAAAUGGAGAAGCACAGAAGUAAUAGCACAGAAUUAUCAGGAACCCUAACUGAUGGUACUACUGUUGGCAAUGAUGAUGAUGGACUAAAUCAGCAGAUUCCUAGGAAGGAAAAUGGAGAGCAUGACAGGCCUGCAGAUAAAACAUCUAAUGAAAAGAACGAGGUCAAAAACCAAAUAUAUCCUGAGGCUGACUUUGCUGACUCAAUGGAGCCAUCUGAAAUAGCCUCAGAGGAUUGUGAAUUGUCUCACUCUGUUUAUGAGAAUUUUAUGUUGCUGAUUGAACAACUUAGAAUGGAGUGUAAAGAUUCUGCUAGCCUACCAAGAAUCCAAGACACAUUUUGUUUGUGUGAACACUUACUGAAACUUAAGAAUAAUCACUGUGACCAACUUACAGUAAAACUUAAACAAAUGGAAAAUAUGGCCAGUGUACUACAAAAUGAGCUAUCUGAAACAAAAAAGACAAAAUUACAGUUAGAACUUCAAAAAAUUGAAUGGGAGAAAGAGCUGUACGAUUUGAGACUUGCCUUAAAACAAGAAAAUGAGGAGAAAAGAAAUGCCGAUAUGUUGUAUAAUAAAGAUAGUGAACAGUUAAGAAUAAAAGAAGAGGAGUGUGGGAAAGUGGUUGAAACAAAGCAACAACUUAAAUGGAAUCUGAGAAGACUUGUUAAGGAAUUGAGGACAGUAAGAAAUAACUUGGAUCUGGUUGUGCAGGAGAGAAACGGUGCCCAGAAGCAACUUUCUGAAGAACAGGAUGCCAGAAUAUUACAAGAUCAGAUUCUGACGAGUAAACAAAAGGAACUAGAAAUGGCUCGAAAGAAAAUGAAUUCUGAGAUUUCUCAUAGGCAUCAGAAAGAAAAGGAUCUCUUUCAUGAAAAUUGCAUGUUGCAGGAAGAAAUUGCCUUGCUGAGACUGGAAAUAGAUACAAUAAAAAAUCAGAACAAGCAAAAGGAAAAGGAAUAUUUUGAGGACAUUGAGGUUGUGAAAGAAAAGAAUGAUAACCUUCAAAAAAGUAUAAAACAAAAUGAGGAAACAUUAACAGAAACAAUACUCCAGUACAGUGGGCAGCUGAACAAUCUGACAGCUGAGAACAAAAUACUCAAUUCUGAACUGGAGAAUGGGAAACAGAACCAAGAAAGACUAGAAAUAGAAAUGGAAUCAUACCGUUGUAGACUGGCUGCUGCUGUACGUGACUGUGAUCAAAGUCAGACAGCAAGAGACCUAAAACUUGAUUUCCAGAGAACAAGACAAGAGUGGGUUCGUUUACAUGACAAAAUGAAGGUUGAUAUGUCUGGCCUACAAGCUAAGAAUGAGAUUCUUUCUGAAAAACUUUCUAAUGCUGAAAGUAAAAUUAACAGCCUACAAAUUCAGCUCCAUAACACAAGAGAUGCUCUUGGAAGAGAGAGUUUGAUUUUGGAACGUGUGCAAAGAGACCUCAGCCAGACACAGUGUCAGAAGAAAGAAACUGAACAAAUGUACCAAAUUGCACAAAGCAAACUGAAGAAAUACAUUGCCAAGCAGGAAUCUGUAGAGGAGAGAUUAUCUCAACUACACAGUGAAAAUAUGUUGCUUCGACAGCAACUGGAUGAUGCUCACAAGAAAGCUAACAGUCAGGAAAAGACAAGCAGUACUAUCCAAGACCAGUUUCAUUCUGCUGCCAAAAAUCUUCAAGCUGAGAGUGAAAAGCAGAUUCUUUCACUACAAGAGAAGAACAAGGAGCUGAUGGAUGAAUAUAAUCAUUUAAAAGAAAGAAUGGAUCAAUGUGAGAAAGAGAAAGCAGGAAGAAAAAUUGACCUUACAGAAGCACAGGAAACUGUUCCUUCACGAUGUCUACAUCUGGAUGCAGAGAAUGAAGUUCUUCAACUUCAACAGACAUUAUUCUCUAUGAAAGCAAUACAAAAGCAAUGUGAAACACUACAGAAGAAUAAGAAGCAGCUGAAACAAGAAGUAGUAAACCUCGAAAGUUAUAUGGAAAGAAAUAUGUUAGAAAGUGGUGAAGCUGAAUGGCAUAAACUGUUGAUUGAAGAAAGAGCAAGGAAGGAGAUAGAAGAAAAAUUAAACGAAGCCAUUCUCACCUUGCAGAAACAAGCAGCAGUAUCUCAUGAACAGUUAGUACAGUUAAGGGAGGAUAAUACUACUUCAAUAAAAACUCAGAUGGAACUCAGAAUCAAAGAUCUGGAAUCUGAAAUCUCCAGAAUAAAAACUUCGCAAGCCGACUUUAAUAAAACCGAAUUGGAAAGAUAUAAGGAACUCUACCUAGAAGAAGUAAAAGUUAGAGAAUCCUUGUCAAAUGAACUCAGUAGAACUAAUGAGAUGAUAGCAGAGGUCAGUACGCAACUUACUGUGGAGAAAGAGCAGACCAGAUCCAGAUCUCUAUUCACUGCUUAUGCUGCAAGGCCAGUCCUAGAGUCACCUUGCGUUGGAAAUCUUAAUGAUAGUGAAGGUCUCAACAGAAAACAUAUUCCAAGAAAAAAGAGGUCUGCUCUUAAGGACAUGGAGAGCUACUUGUUGAAGAUGCAGCAGAAGUUGCAAAAUGAUCUAACUGCAGAAGUAGCAGCUGCUACUAAAUAUGAACCUGGAUCCUAUAUAGCUUCUCCUCUAGGAUUUACACACAAGGAAAAUCUGAAUCAAGAUCCAGUUUUGGAAGUAACAAAAGAAUAUGCACAGAUUUUAAGAAGAAAAUACAUACUCUGAAAGAUAAGGCAAUUUUAUUUGGGCUAUUCACAUGAUAUUUUGUUUCCCAUUAAAUAUAUGAUGUGAACAUUUUUGCUAAAGGGAAAUAUUCUAUAUUAUACAUGUCUGAUGAAAAUUUAUAUAGUAUUUUAAAUAAUGUUUCUUGGCCUCUUCAGCUAACUUUUAAGUGGAUUUUGCAAAUGAAAACCAGUAUUACUGAGUUUUACAUACUCGAACUGCCCAAAUGUUAGCUGUUUAAACAGCCAAAUAAUCAAGUUGCCAUUAAUAAUUUAGUGGAGCCAAUUGAUGGCUUGUUUGUAUUUUAUGAUUUUAUCUUUAUACAUAGUGAUAGAUUUAAGUUUAGAUAGACAUCAUUUUGGUAUACUGGUACUGUGGUCAUUGUCAAUGUUUGGAUGUAUUAUGAUUGUUAUAGUGCAAUCAAACUUAGAUAAUUUUAAUUUUAAGCACUGAUUUAUUUAGAUCUUUCCUUGUGGAAAAAUAAGGUUUGCCUAAGGCUUUUUGCUUUUUUAUUUAUUGUUUCAUUUCUUUAUUAGAUUAACUUUUGGGAAACAGUCUUAAAAUUGGAGAAAAUUUCCACAUUUUAGGAAAAACAGCUUUCCCCCUGUGGGCCAUUUGAGAGUAAAUUGCUGACAUUAUGCCAUCACAUCUGGUAUGUGGGUAUUCCCACAAGUCAGGACAUUUUAUAUAACUACUUCAUAAUCAGAAAGUUAACAUCAAUACACUUGAUCAUUUCAUUCUCAGUUUCUUUUCAAGUUUUCUUAAUUGUCUAUGAUGUUCUUUGUAGCAGAAGGAUCCCAUUCAGGUCCAUGAAUUUCAUUUAGUUGUCAUGACUCUUUCAGUCUGGAACAGUUCCUCAGUUUUUCUUUGACCUUUAUGACCUUAAAUCUUUUGAAGAGUAAAGUCCAAUAAUACAGAAUGUCCCUCCAUUGGAUUUCUCUGAAUUUUUUUUAUGAUAAGAUUUAGAUGAUAAUUUUUUUUUUUGGCAAGAGUAUCACAGAAGUUAUCCCAUGAUCUUCUCACUGCAUUCUAUCAGGUGACCUGCAAUUAUUAUUAUUUUUUAUUUUCAUCUUUUAAGUUCAGGGGUACAUGUGCAGGAUGUGCAGGAUGUCCAGGUUUGUUACAUAGGUAAAUAUGUGCCAUGGUGGUUUACUGCACAGAUCAUCCCAUCACAUAGGUAUUAAUAAUAGCCCAGCAUCCAUUAGCUGUUCUUCACGAUGCUCUCCCUUCUCUCACCCCCCACCAUCCCACAUGCCCCUGUGUGUGUUGUUCCCCGCCAUGUGUCCAUGUGUUCUCAUUAUUCAGCUCCCACUUGUAAGUGAGAGCAUGCAGUAUUUCAUUUUCUAUUUCUGCGUUGGUUUGCUGAGGAUAAUGUUCUGCAGCUCCACCCAUGUCCCUGCAAAGGACAUGUCUCAUUCCUUUUCAUGGCUGCAUAGUAUUCCAUGGUGUAUAUGUACCACAUUUUCUUUAUCCAGUUUAUCAUUGAUGGGCUUUUAGGUUGAUUCUUUGUCUUUGCUAUUGUGAAUAGUGCCGCAAUGAACAUACGUGUGCGUGUAUCUUUAUACUAGAAUUAGUUAUAUUCCUUUGGGUAUAUACCAAGUAAUGGGAUUGCUGGGUUAAAUGGUAUUUCAGGUUCUAGAUCUUUGAGGAAUCACCACACUGUCUUCCACACUGGUUGAACUAAUUUACACUCCUAUCAACAGUGUAAAAGCAUUCCUGUUUCUCCAUAAUCUUGCCAGCAUCUUUUCAUUUUUUUGAAUUAUAGCCAUUCUGACUGUUGUGAGAUGGUGUCUCAUUGUGGUUUUGAUUUGCAUUUCUCAGAUGAUCAGUGAUGUUGAGGUUUUUUUGUUUGUUGGCUGCAUGUAUGCCUUCUUUUGAAAAGUGUCUGUUUGUGUCCUUUGACCACUUUCUGAUGGGGUUGAGUUUUUUUUUCUUGUAAAUUUGUUUAAGUUCCUUGUAGAUGCUGGAUAUUAGACCUUUGUCAGAUGGAUAGAGUGCAAAAAUUUUCUCCCAUUCUGUAGGUUGUCGGUUUACUCUGUUGGUAGGUUCUUAAUGCUGUGCAGAAGCUCUUUAGUUUAAUUAGAUCCCAUUUGUCAAUUUUGGCUUUUGUUGCAAUUGCUUUUGGCAUCUUCGUCAUGAAAUCUUUGCCCUUGCCUGUGUCCUGAAUGGCAUUGCCUAGGUUUUCUUCCAGGAUUUUUAUAGUUUUGGGUUGUAGAUUUAAGUCUUUAAUCCAUCUGGAGUUAACUUUUGUAUAUGGGUUAAGGAAGGGGUCCAGUUUCAAUUUGCUGCAUAUGGCUAGCCAGUUCUCCCAGCACCAUUUAUUAAAUAGGGAAUCUUUUCCCCAUUGCUUCCUUUUGUCAGGUUUGUCAAAGAUCACAUGGUUGUAGGUGUGUGGUCUUAUUUCUGGGUUCUCCAUUCUGUUCCAUUGGUCUAUGUGUCGGUUCUUGUACCAGCACCAUGCUGUUUUGGUUACUGUAGUCUUGUAGUAUAUUUGAAGCUGGGUAGCAUGAUGCCUCUAGCUUUGCUCUUCUUGCUUAGGAUUGUCUUGGCUAUUUGGGCUCUUUUUUGGUUCCAUAUGAAUUUUAAAAUAGCUUCUUCUAGGUCUGUAAAGAAUGUCAAUAGUAGUUUAAUGGGCCUAGCAUUUAAUUUACAGAUUGCCUUGGGCAGUGUGGUCAUUUUCACGAUAUUGAUCCUUCCCGUCUGUGAGCAUAUGUUUUUCCAUUUGUUUGUGUCAUCUCUGAUUUCUUUGAAUAAUGGUUUAUAGUUAUCCUUGAAAAGGUCCUUCACUUUUCUUGUUAGCUGUAUUCCUAGGUAUUAUACUCUUCUUGUGGCAAUUGUGAAUGGGAGUUAAUUCAUGAUUUUUCUCUCGGCUUGCCUGUUGUUGGUGUAUAGGAAUGCUAGUGACUUUUGCACAUUGAUUUUGUAUCCUGAGACUUUGUUGAAGUUGCUUAUCAGCUAAGAAGUUUUUGAGCUGAGAUGAUGGAGUUUUCUAGAUAUAGGAUCAUAUCAUCUGCAAACAAAGAUAGUUUGACUUCCUGUCUUCCUAUUUGAAUAGCUUUUCUUUCUUUCUCUUGCCUGAUUGCCUUGGUGAGAAUUUCUAAUACUGUGUUGAAUAGGAGUUGGUGAGAGAGGGCAUCUUUGUCUUGUGUCAGUUUUCAAGGGAACGCUUCCAGGUUUUCAGGUACUCAGGCAACAAAUAGCGUUACGAAUAGAAUAGUACCUCACAUCUCAAUGCUAAUGUUGAACGUAAAUGGCCUAAAUGCUCCACUUAAGAGAUAUAGAAUGGCAGAAUGGGUAAGAAUUCACCAACCAAGUUGCUGCUGUCUUCAGGAGACUCACCUAACACAUACGGACUCACAUAAACUUAAGGCAAAGGGUUGGAAAAAGACACUUUGUCUAAAUAGACACGUCAAAAGCGAGCAGGAGUAGCUGUUCUUAUAUCAGACAAAACGGACUUUAAGACAACAGCAGUUUUAAAAAGACAAAGAGGGACAUAUAAUGAUAAAAGGACUAGUUCAACAGGAAAAUAUCACAGUCCUAAAUAUAUAUGCACCUAAUACUGGAGAUCCCAAAUUUAUAAAACAAUUACUACUAGACAUAAGAAAUGAGGUAGUUGGCAACACAAUAAUAGUGGGGGAUGUUAAUACUCCGCUGGCAGCACUAGGCAGAUCACCAAGACAGAAAGUCAACAAAGAAAUAAUGGACUUAAACUAUACCCUAGAACAUAUGGACUUAACAGAUGCUUACAGAACAUUCUACCCAACAAGCAUAGAAUAUACAUUGUAUACAUCAGAACACGGGACAUUCUCCAAAAUAGACCAUAUGAUAGGGCACAAAACCAGUCUCAGUAAAUUUAAGAAAAUCAGAAUUAUAUCAAGUACUCUCUCAGACCACAGUGGAAUAAAAUUGGAAAUUAAUUCCAAAAGGAACACUCAAAAGCAUGCAAAUACAUGGUAAUUAAAUAACCUACUCCUGAAUGAUUGUUGGGUCAACAAUGAUAUCAAGAGGGAAAUUUAAAAAUUCUUUGAACUGAACGAUAAUAGUGACACAACCUAUCAAAAACUCUGGGAUACAGCAAAAGUGGAGCUAAGAAGAAAAUUCAUAGCAUUAAAUGCCUAUAUCAAAAAGUCUGAAAGAGCACAAAUAAACAAUCUAAGGUCACACCUCACAGAAUUGGAGAAACUAGAACAGUCCAAAUCCAAACCCAGCAGAAGAAAAGAAAUAACAAAAUCAGAACAAAACUAAAUGAAAUUGAAACAAAAAAAUACAACAGAUAAAUGAAACAAAAAGCUGGUUCUUUGAAAGGAUAAAUAAAAUUGAUAAGCAUUAGCAAGAUUAAUCAAGAAAAGAAGAGAGAAGAUCCAAAUAAGCUCUAUUAGAAAUGAAAUGGGAGAUAUUACUACUGAUACCACAGAAAUACAAAAGAUUAUUCAAGACUACUAUGAACAUCUUCACAUCCAUAAACUAGAAAACCUACAGGAGAUCGAUAAAUUCCUGGAAAUAUACAACCCUCCUGGAUUAAAUUAGGAAGAUAUAGAGACUCUGAACAGACCAAUGAGAAGCAGCAAGAUUGAAAAUGGUAAUUUAAAAAUUGCCAACAACAAAAAAGUCCAGGACCAGAUGGAUUCACACCUGAAUUCUAUCAGACAUUCAAAGAAUUGGUACCCAUCCUAUUAACACUAUUUCACAGGAUAGAGAAAGAGAAAUCUUCCCUAAAUCAUUUGAUGAAACCAAAAUCACCAUGAUAUGGUUUGGCUCUGUGUCCCCACCCAAAUCUCAUCUUUUAGCUCCCAUAAUUCCCACAUGUUGUGAGAAGGACCCAGUAGGAGAUGAUUGAAUCAUGAGGGCGGGUCUUUUCCAUGCUGUUCUCAUGACAGCGAGUGAGUGUCACAAGAUCUGAUGGUUUUAAAAACAGGACUUUCUCUACACAAGCUCUUUCUUUUUGCCUGCUGCCAUCCACGUAGGAUGUGACUUGCUCUUCCUUGACUCCACCAUGACUUUGAGGCCUCCCCAAAUAUGUGGAACUGUAAGUCAAAUAAACCUCUUUCUUUUGUAAAUUGCCCAGUCUCAGGUAUGUCUUUAUCAGCAGUGUGAAAAUGGACUAAUACACACCCUAAUACUGAAACAGACUAAUAGACACCCUAAUACCAAAAACAAGGAAGGACAUAAUGAGAAAAGAAAGCUACAGACCAACAUCCCUGAUGAACAGAGAUGCAGUAAUCCUCAAAAAAAAUACUAGCUAGCUGAAUCUAACAACAUAUCAAAAAGAUAAUCCAUCAUGAUCAAGUGGGUUUCAUACCAGGGAUGCAGGGAUGGUUUAACAUCUACAAGUCAAUAAAUGCGAUACACUACAUAAACAGAAUUAAAAAACAAAAGUCACAUGAUCAUCUCAAUAGAUGCAGAAAAACCACUUGAGAAAAUCCAGCAUCCUCAUUUUAUUAAGACCCUCAGCAAAAUCAGCAUAGAAGGGACAUACAUUAAGAUAAUAAAAGCCAUCUAUGACAAACCCACAGCCAGCAUUAUACUGAACAGGGAAAAGUUGAAAGCAUUCCUCCUGAAAACUGGAAGAAGACAAGAUUGCCCACUUUCUCCACUUCUAUUCAACAUGGUACUGGAAGUUCUAGCCAGAGCAAUCAGACAAGAGAAAGAAAUCAAGGGCAUCCAAAGUGGUAAAGAAGAAGUCUGCCUAUUGCUGUUUCCCAAUGAUAUGAUUGUAUACCUAGAAAACCCUAAAGACUCAUCCAAAAAGCUUCUAGAACUGGUACAUGCAUUCAGCAAAGUUUCAGGAUACAGAGUUACACACAAGUGUGCACAAAUCCGUAGCUGUGCUAUACACCUUCAGCGACCAAGCCAAGAAUCAAAUCAAUAACUCAACCCUUUUUACAAUAGCUACAAAUAAUAAUAAUAAUAAUAAUAAAAUACUUAGGAAUGUUCCUAACCAAGGAGGUGAAAGAUCUCUGCGUGGAAAACUACAAAACACUACUGAAAGAAAUCACAGAUGACACAAACAAAUGGCAGCACAUCCCAUGCUCAUGGAUGGGUAGAAUCAAUAUUGUGAAAAUGACCAUACUGCCAAAAGCAAUCUACACAUUUAAUCCAAUUCCCAUCAAAAUACCACCAUCAUUCUUUAGAAAAUGAUGAAAAAUAAUCCCAAAAUUCAUAUGGAACCAAAAAAGAGCCUACAUAGCCAAAGGAAGACUAACCAAAAAGAAUAAAUCUGGUGACAUCACAUUACCUAACUCCAAACUAUUCUGUAACACCAUAGUCACUAAAACAGCAUGAUACUGGUAUAAAAAUAGGCACAUAGACCAAUGGAACAGAAUAGAGAACCCAGAAUUAAAGCCAAAUACUUACAGCCAGCUGAUCUUCAACAAAGUGAGGAAAGGACACCCUAUUCAACAAAUAGUGCUGGGAUAAUUGGCUAGCCACAUUUAGGAGAAUGAAACUGGAUCCUUAUCUCUCACCUUAUACAAAAAUCAACUCAAGAUGGAUCAAGAACUUAAGACCUGAAGCCUUAAAAAUUCUAGAAGAUAACACUGGAAAAACCCUUCUAGACAUUGGCUUAGGCAAAGACUUCAUGACCAAGAAGCUCAAAACAAAUGCAACAAAAACAAAAGAUAAAUAGAUGGGACUUAACUAAACUAAAAAGCUUUUGCACAGCAAAAGAAAUAAUUAGCAGAGUUAACAGACAACACACAGAGUGGGAGAAAAUCUUCACAACCUACACAUCCAACAAAGGACUAAUAUUCAGAAUCUACAAAGAACUCAAAUCAGUAAGAAAGAAAACAAUCCCAUAAAAAAGUGGGCUAAGGACACGAAUAGACAAUUCUCAAAAGAAAAUAUACAAAUGGCCAACAAGCAUAUGGAAAAAUGCUCAACAUCACUAAUGAUCAGGGAUAUGCAAAUCAAAACCACAACGCGAUAUCACCUCAUUCCUGUAAGAAUGGCAAUAUUAAAAAAAAUAAAAAAUAAUAGAUGUCGGCAUGGAUGUGGUGGAAAGGGAACACUUCUAUAGUGUUGAUGCUAAUGUAAACUAGUACAACCACUACGGAAAACGGUGUGGAGAUUGCUUAAAGAACUAAAAGUAGAUCUACCAUUUGAUCCAACAACCCCAUUCCUCAGUAUCUACCCAGAGGAAAAGAAGUCAUUAUACAAAAAAGAUACUUGUACACACGUUUAUAGCAGCAAAAUUCAUAAUUGUGAAAAUAUGGAACCAGCCCAAAUGCCCAUCAGUCAAUGAGUGGAUAAAGAAAAUGUGAUAUGUACACACACACCCCAUGGAAUACUACUCAGCCAUAAAAAGGAGCAAACUGGAUGGAAUUGGAGACCAUUCUUCUAAUUGCAGCAACCUGGAUGGAAUUGGAGACCAUUCUUCUAAGUGAAGUAGCUCAAGAAUGGAAAACCAAACAUCAUAUGUUCUCAUAUGUGGGAACUAAGCUAUGAGAAUGUAAAGGCAUAAGAAUGAUACAGUGGACUUUGGGGACUCAGGGGAAAUGGUGGGAAGGGAGUGAGAAAUAAAAGACUACACAUUGAGUACGGUGUACACUGCUCGGGUGAGGGAUGCACCAAAAUCUCAAAAAUCACCACUAAAGAACUUAUUUAUAUAACCAAACACCACCUGUUCCUUAAAAACCUAUUGAAAUAAAAAGUAAAUUUAAAAAAACCUCCUGGAUUCAUUGAUUUUUUUGAAGGUUUUUUUGUGUCUCUAUUUCAGUUCAGCUCUGAUCUUGGUUAUUUCUUGUCUUCUGCUAGCUUGGGAGUUUGUUUCCUCUUGGUUCUCUAGUCCUUUUAGUUGUAAUAUUAGGUUGUUAACUUGAGAUCUUUCUCUCUUUUUGAUGUGGGCAUUUAGUGCUAUAAAUUUUCCUCUUAACACUGCUUUAGCUGAGUCCUGGAGAUUCUGUUAUGUUGUCUCUUUGUUCUAAUUAGUUUUAAAACACUUCUUGAUCUCUGCCAUAAUUUUAUUAUUUACCCCAAAGUCAUUCAGGAGCAGAUUGUUCAAUUUCCAUAUAGUUGUGUGGUUUUAAGUGAAUUUCUUAAUCUUGAGAUCUAAUUUGAUUGUGCUGUGGUCUGAGAGACUCUUUGUUAUGAUUUCAGUUAUUUUUCAUUUGCUGAGGAGUGUUUUUCUUCCUAAUUUAUGAUUAGUUUUAGGGUAAGUGUCAUGUGGCUAUGAGAAGAAUGUAUAUUCGCUUGUUUUUUGUUGGAGAGUUCUGUAGAUAUCUAUCAUGUCUACUUGAUCCACAGCUGAGUUCAGGUCCUGAAUAUCUUUGUUAAUUUUCUGUCUCCAUGAUGUGUCUAAUAUUGUCAUUGUGGUGUUAAAGUCUCCCACUAUUAUUGUGUGGGAGUCUAAGUCUCUUUGAAGGUCUCCAAUAACUUGCUUUAUGAACCUGGGUGCUCUUGUAUAGGGUGCAUACAUAUUUAGGAUAGUUAGCUCCUCUGGUUGAAUUGAACCCUUUACCAACAGGUAGUGCUCUUCUUUGUCUUUUUUGAUCUUUGUUAAUUUAAAGUCUGUUUUGUUAGAAACUAGGAUUGCAAGCUCUGUUUUUUUCUGCUUUCUGUUUGCUUGGUAAAUUUUCCUCCAUCCCUUUAUUUUUAGCCUAUGUGUUUCUUUGUGUGUGAGAUGGGUCUCUUGAAUACAGCAUACUGAUGGGUCUUGGUUCUUUAUCUAGCUUGCCAUUCUGUGUCUUUCAUUGGAGAACACAUUGAGAUUUAAGGUUAGUAGUAUUAUAUGUGGAUUUGAUCUCAUCAUCAUGAUGCUAGCUGGUUAUUUUGCUAACUUGUUCAUGUGGUUGCUUCACAGUGUCACUGUUCUUUGUACUUUAGUGUGUUUUUCUGGUGCCUGGUAAUGGUUUUUCCUUUUCAUAUUUACUGCUUCCUUCAGGAGCUCUUGCAAGACAGGUCUGGUAGUAACAAGUUCCCUCAGCAUUUGCUUGUCUGAAAAGCAUCUUAUUUAUCCUUUGCUUAUGAAGCUUGGUUUGGCCAGAUGUGAAAUUCUGGGUUGGAAAUUCUUUUCUUUAAGAAUGUUGAAUAUUGGUUCCCAGUAUCUUCUGACUUGUAGGGUUUCCACUGAGAGGUCGGCUGUUCAUCUGAUGGGGUUCCCUUUGUAGGUGACCCGGCCUUUCUGUCUGACUGCCCUUAACAUUUUUUCUUUCAUUUAGAGUUUGGAGAAUCUGAUGAUCAUGUGUCUCGGGGAUGAUCUCCUCGUGGAGUAUCUCACUGGAGUUCUCUGGAUUUCUUGAAUUUGAGUGUUGGCCUGUCUUGCUAGAACUAACUUGGGGAAGUGAGUUCUCUUGAAUCCUAUGCCGAAGUAUGUUUUCCAACUUGGUUCCAUUCUCCUUGUCUUUUUCAGGUACCCCAAUCCAUCACAGAUUCGUUCUCUUUAUGUAAUCCCAUAUUUUUUGAUGGUAUCGUUCGUUCCUUUUCAUUCUUUUAUCUCUAUUCUUGUCUGCCUGUCUUAUUUCAGAAAGAUCGUCUUCAAGCUCUGAGAUUCUUUUCUUGGGCUAUUCUGCUGUUAAUAAUUGUGAUUUCAUUGUGAAGUUCUUGUAGUGUGUUUUUCAGCUCUAACAGUGCUGGGAUUACAAGCGUGAGCUACCACACCCAGCGAGGAAGCCAAGUUUAACGUGUGUGCUCCACUCCUCCAACCUGGCCAAAGGGCAGUCAUCAUCACCGGCCACUACUGACCACAGCCUUUAGAAACUCCCCUUGAACAUGCUGGGCUGACCUUCCUCUGAUCACAGGCAAGGCAAAGGGAAACGACAGACCCUUGCCUUCCCGGUCCUCAAGGGUCAGCUGUAAGAUGAUGUCAUAAAGCCGGAUCAGGUCCUGAGGCCGGGGGAAGCACUUGCUGUCAUCCUCUGGCUGCUGCUGCAGCUGAGCCCUCUGCAGACCUUUGGCCAUGCUCUCAUUACGCUUGAUUGCCAUUGACAGCUUGAUGUAAGUCAGGUGGACAAAUAGAAGCUGAGGGUGAAGGACCUACAGCUGUCACCUUCAUCUCUUCUCAACACUGCCAACUGUCCCCUUGGAUCUCCCAGACAGACAACAAGGGACAUCUCUGGUUUCUCAGUGCCCCCUAGAAACCUCGGGUCAUUUCAAGGCAUUAUGCAAAUGAGAAGCUUCCCUUCUCUUCACCUCAUCUCCUGGUCUGCACAAAAGUGACUGUAGGACCCGGUGUUGGUACCGAUGUAGGCACCAAUCCUCAGUUUACCACCUGCUCUCUACUUGCUUCCCUGCCAUAACUUUCUAAAAGGGAUGUGAGCCAUGUUUAAAGUCACCUGGUCACUGGAGGGAUCUUGUUCUACCCCCUGUAGUAGUACCUCUGUAGGGUAGUACCCACUGUAGGGAUCUUGUUCUACAUCAGUGGUUGCCAACCUUUUUGGCACCAGGGACUGGUGUUGUGGAAGACAAUUUUCCACGGACUGGGGGGCUGGGGGGAAUGGUUUCAGGAUCAAACUGUUCCACCUCAGAUCAUCAGGCAUUAGAUUCUCAUAAGGAGGGCACAACCUAGAUUGCUAGCAUGCCCAGUUCGCAAUAGGGUUCGUUCUCCUGCGAGAAUGGCAUGCCGCUGCUGAUCUAACAGGAGGCAGAGCUCAGGCGGUAAUGGGAGCAAGGGGGAGCGGCUAUAAAUACAGCUCACCGCUCACCUGCUGCUGUGCAGCCCGGUUCCUAACAGGCCAUGGACGGUACUGGUCUGUAGCCCAGGAGUUGGGGAAUCCUGCUCUACAGAGUUUCCAACCUCAGAGAUGAAGCAUCCCCUCUGUAAGUCAGAAAGAAAUUAUUCAAGCAGGAGAAUUAAAACAGGAUCACAGAGAGGGAGGCUGAAGAAUCUGACAUUCUGUGUUGUUUACUUGUAUGAGGAAAACAGCACAUAGAGGCAUCCACAGUAUUUAAUUUGUUUGGAUAACAGUUACAGAUAAACAGGUACACCCCAUAUACAAUUACCAAUACUUUUUAUACAGUUCAUAUUUCAGUACAUCAACACUAUUUUAUUUACACUCUAUUUAUAUACAUUAACAUCUUUUUAAAUUGGGAUUAUUGUCCAUAUGCUUUAUAUUUUUUAUUCCAGUGAUUUCCCUUUUAGGAAUUUAUCUGAGGGGAGAAUACUCUGUAAUUACUCCAUAAUUUGCAGGCAAAUAUCAUCAUAGCAUUUUUUAGGAUAGUAAAAAGUUAUUAACAACUUAUAUUUGUCUCACAUUAGAGGAAUGGUUAAAUAAAGCAUGGUGUAUUCAUUGGAUAAACUAUAAUGCAGUUGUUGAAAAUGAUUACCAGGAGUUUUUGCUAACAUUUAUGGGAACAUGCUUAUGAUAUGUGAACAUUUUUUUAAAAACAAGACAUAAAGUUGCAUAUACUGGAAAUAAUACCUUCAAUAUUGAAAAAAAUACUAUUUAGGAAAAAGGACAGAAGAAAAUAUGCCAAAAUUUUGACAGUGGUUGCCUUUGUAUUAAGAAUAUAAAAGGAUUCCCUGCCUUUUUACAUUUUUCUCUGCUUUCCAAAAUUUCCACAUGAAUAUUAUACCUAGUAAUCAGAAAAAAAUACAGGGACACUCACUCUUAUCCUUUACAUUUCUCUCCUGUUUGGACCUCAGAUUCCUCAGUAGAAAAUUAAACUAGAUGCCAGCCUGGGCAAUAUGAUGUCACCCUAUCUUUACAAAAAAUGCACAAAUUAGCCAGGUGUGGUGUUGUGCACCUAUAGUCCCAGCUUCUUGGGAGGCUGAGGUUGGAGGAUUGCUUGAGCCCAAGAGAUCAAGGCUGCAGUGAGCUGUGAUCUCGCCACUGCACUCCAGCCUGGGUAACAAAGCAAGACCCUGUCUCAAAAAAAAAAAAAAGAAAAAAAGAAAAUUAAACUAGACAAAUUCUUAGGCCUCUCUCUCUUUUUUUUUAAUAGUCUUAUAUGAAGACUAUUACUUCAUUUCCUGUGUUUUGUGUUAAGAUGAGCUUUAAAGCAACUCUGAAAAAGAAGAGGGUGCCUAUAAGUAAUUCAUAGACUGUUUAAACAAUAGUAGAGGAUCUAAGCAUAGAUCCCAAGAGGUAAAGGGAAUCUUUAUCACUUUGGGAAAUUUUACUGAUAAAUAGAAAUUAUUGUCAGUACAGUCCACAAAUAUGUUUUUUUAUCAGCCUUCUUUCCUCCCUGUCUUCAUCUAGCACUGUAGCCUGUGUUCCACAGAAAAUAUAGUCAAUAAAAUUCAACAUUCUUUACUAGCUUACUCUAAUUUGUGCUUGGCCAUAAAGUAUUCCUGGUAGAGAUAAUAGAGAUAAUAUUUAACUGGCUAUGAGAAAGGAAACACUAUCGUAUAUGAUACACCCCUUUUUCUACUCAUUCCAACAACUAUGAUACAGCAUGUUUCCUUUUGAAGCACAUCAGUUUUUUCCUUGAGUGACCAGUUCAAAAGAUGAUGACAGUUAAUAUCUUGUUACUACAGAAUUUGUACUCAAAAAAGAAGUCUAUAACCCAAGUCCAAGUCAGAUUUCCUUUUCUAAAAAAAGAAUUUUCCUCUAAGUUCCCCUUUUUAAAUGAGCUCUUUAGCCUGGAUAAUUAUGCAGUGCUAGAACCUUAACUGCAUGAUCAAACCCAACCUUGCUUGUUUAUAACAGCAUUUGACAGCCUCGUGACUCUCACAUAGGGAAAAAGUCUCGCCUGAAAACCCAUGCUAAGCUGCAUGUCUUGAGCUGUGCCAAUUUGUAUUCCAGGCAGCCUAAGGUUCCCAUCGUGAGUUUCAGGAAGGGAAAUUCAUGGAGGAAGUUCACCUCUGGAAGGGUGAGGAGCAAUAAAUAGGGUGGGUGAUGGACAUAUGUGACGUUUGCCACAGAGAGGCAGUCAGUAUGGGCCUUGUGGUCCGGGCUCUGCUUUGGGACACAAAUAUAAACUGUGUGAAGUCUUAUGGUAGCAUUCAUAACCCUGAUGCUUCACCCACCUUCCCAUACAUUAGAGGGACAAACAGAAGGAUCCCAGCUCUAUGGUUCUUGAUUGUUUGUCAGGUAGCAGCCAGGCAUGGAGAGGGAAAUAUUCUUUCUUUUCUGCUGCACUCUAGAUCCUUCCUUCUCUCCUCCUUCUUCAUUCUACACUACCCCCAACACAUAUCCCUGCACCCCACCCAUUCUUUGCUCUCUCUCCUUUCUUACACUUAACUCCUUCUUGCUCCACAGCCUAACAUGCUGAUUAACAGGACCCCAAAGGUUUGGGUGGGUAUUAGGGGCCUUCUCAACAAAAGCAGCACACUCUUGAGCUUGUUCUUCCUUUUGUUGCCAUCUCAGAUAAAAAGGCCCCAUGAGGGAGGAGACAGAUAAGUAUAGACUUGGUAUUCUGAUAACUGUGUUACAUGGGAUCAGAUGUAAAUGAGUUGUACCCUGUGGUGUUUCGUGCUCUACUGUGUUGUCUUCUCAUGGUGAGCUUUUCUGUGCCCUUAUUUCAUCCAGCUCUGGUUUCUGUGUUUCAUGUUAUUUCUCCUAGCCUCUGUAAACUCUGCAGCAUACUAAUAAUGCUCUGGCUUUCUGAUUAAAGAUAAAUGGCUUACUAUCACCACCCCUGGCUUGAGGGCCAGCUCACAUGUAAUCCCUUAUAGGAUUCCAAAGUUGUUAAAUAAAUGCAGUUCUUUUUGUCAUUUUGAAGCAUUCAAAAAUUUUUCAAGAAAAGCUAUGAUCAUAUAAAUAGAAAUUUUAUCCAGAAUGUUACAAUGUAACAUUUGUGAAUAAAUGUGUAGGUGCUGUAUUUUC